AUGACCUUCAUGGCCAUAAGAUCAGUUGCGCUGCUGCUCCUCGCGACUCAGUCUCUAUCACAGACUGUCAAUCACCAAACAGUCAAUAUCUUCCGCAAGAUCCCAAGCGACGUCGACCAAUGCAUCCGACCAUGUCUCUUCCGCCCCAACAACGCAAACGCCGACGUCGGCAGCGCUCUAAACUGCGGCGCACCAUACCAGGAAAAGUGCUACUGCGCGACCGACAGCGAUAAUGCGAAAGCCGUCAGCAAGCAUAUCGACAGCUGCGCGCAGGCGAGUUGCUCAAAUGGACAAGAGUCGCAGGAUGCUGAGACCAUGAGGCAUUACUACGCUUCUUACUGUAUGGAGAAUGGAUACUCGGCGGAGGCAAUGGGGGAAUGGUAUACAGGUACUGAGGCUCAUGUCACGGGGACAGGUACGGCUACGGUAAAGGACAUGUGGGGUUGGAGUACGGGGACAAGCAUCAGAGCACAUGUUUUUCCUGACGCGACAGCUCCAUCUUGGGCGGACGACGAGGAUAAUGGUGGUGCGUCUCUAACGAGCUUCAAGUUGCUCUCCAUAGGGAUUCCGAUACUUGUGGCUCUUUCUCAGUGGAUGUAG